AUGGCCGCGGAACAGACAUCUCCGUUGGAGGAAAUUACUCAGUGCUACGAAUCUGCCACAGCUACUCAGCAUCCAGUUGACUACAGCUUUUCCCUACACGAUCGAGUCUUUGAUGAUGCAUUACCAGUACUUGAUGUGGAUGAAGUGGAUAGGAUUCUACAAGAAAUAGAAAACGAAUUGAGCACUAACGGUAAUUCGAAUAUCACCAUCUCAAUGACGCCGUUAGCAUCCGCAAUACUCAACUAUGAUUUUGGUUUGCCUGACACAAAUGCUGGGUACGAAGUAGUGGAAGUUGUUGGACCAGAGCGAAAAACUCCUGUGUGCCUUAGAGACGUCGAAGAGAGCGCUGGUUCAUAA